GAGGCACAGAAGAAAAUGUUAUCAAGAGCUCAAGACACCAUUCUAAAGAUGAUGAUAAAAAUCAUGGAUGAGUGCAAUGCUAAAGGCUUCGUCUACGGGAUCAUCACCGAGGACGGUAAAGCCAUCAAUGCCUGCUCCGAAUCUCUUAGAGAAUGGUGGAAGGAAAAAGUUCGGUUCGAAAGAAAUGCUUCUUUGGCCAUUAAUAAAUACAACGAAAGGAUUUGUGCAAUUGAUAAGCAAGUUGAUGGCCAUGAAGAAGAUCAACUGGUGAAGGAGCACGAUCUACAACAGCUCCAAGAUUCAACACUGGGUUCUAUUCUUUCGGCUCUUAUACAACACUGUGACCCACCUCAAAGGAAGUUCCCUUUGGACAAAGGGAUUGCACCACCAUGGUGGCCUACUGGGAGAGAAACUUGGUGGCCACCUAUGAACUUGCCGGAGAACAUGGAAUCACCACCUUUUAAGAAGCCACAUGACUUGAAAAAGAUGUUCAAGGUGGCGGUCUUGACGGCGGUGAUCAAACACCUUAUGCCCGAUAUAGAAAAGAUCAAUAUUCUAGUGUGGCAUUCCAAAUGCCUCCAAGAUAGAAUGUCAUACAAGGAGAGUACCAUUUGGCAUGAGAUUCUCAAUCAAGAGCUGAACUUAUACAAGCAGCAAAACCCAAAUGCAUUCAUUCCAACUCCAUUGGAAACCAUUAGUGAUGCAUUAUCACAAGAUCAGUAUGAUGUCUAUAUGGAUAAAAGUGAUGAAGAACUAGACGAUGGUGUGAUCAUAAGAGUGGGAAGGCAACAAGGUGAGAAAUGGAGACAGUCGUUACCAGCUGCUUGUGAGGCAGGAGAAGGAUCUGGUACUAAGUAUGUUUAUACCUGUGAGAAUUGGCAGUGCCUUCAUCAUGAUCCUAAUAAUGGAUUCAUCACUCUCAAUGCUAGGAACAACCAUCAAAUGGUGUGUACGUACCGUAAAUUCACUUCUCCUAGCAUUCCCAUCACUAGUUUCCUUCACAACACUAUGAAUGGCAACAAUGUCUUCACUAAUAAACCAUUCCAUCACUCUCAAGAUCAGCAUGUUCAGCAACAAGUCAUGCAACAAGAUCAGCAGCAGCUACAGCUACAUAUACAUCCAAGGUCAGCCAUGGCAAAUGGCCCCCAUUUUCAUAGCAUCUCAAACAUGGGGUUCAACUUUAGUGGCCAUCAAGUCCCAGUUGAAGUUAGUCCUCCUCAUUAUCAUCAUCAGCAACAGCGGCAACUUCUUCAACAACAUCAUCUUCAAAUAGGAUCAAGUUUUGAAGUUGGGAACAGUAGUAAUUCAAUCCAAGAACAAGAGCUUGGAGUACAACCAUUCACUGCUGACUUUGCAGAAAUGAUAGAAGAAAACCUUGAUAUGGAUCUUCUCAGCCAACAUGAUCCUCUUAGUUCUAACUUUGGUUUCAGACUUGAAAGCCAUGAUUUCCAUCAGAGUUCCAAUAUUGAGAAGAAGCAUGACACCCAACUGGACCUCUUCGAUUUCACUGGUGAUUUUGGGGUUUCAUUCGAUUUACCUACAGUGAGUUCGCCUAUUCCGUUGCUUUCCAAUCAAACUGAGAAUUAA